AUGGCUUACACACCGAAAGGAAAAGGAGCAGGCGUUGUGAAGGACGUCGUAGACACCAUAAAUGGAUUAGGGAUUUUCCCUAACGAUCACAAGUUUCUCUGCCGCGUGGCCUGGGUAGAGUCCAAAUAUGGGGAGGAUCCUAAUACCUACAGGAGUGGUUACUAUGGCGGCAUAUGGCAGGUAAGCGGACUCUUUCAAAUAAAUUAUGAUAAAAAAAAAACAGCAAAGACAAAAGCGACAUGAGUUUUCUCUCGUUAUCGCACGCUCAAAUUCCUUAUCAAACUGAAUUGACUAUUUAGUUUUUUCUUGUAAUCAUCGCCCCGUGUAAAGGUGAUAUUACACGAGACAAUUCGCAAGGACGAUUUUGAGCGCAACACCAGCGUUGCAAUGAUGGAACAACUCCGGUGAAUUAAGGAAUGGGUCCUCGUUACAUGCGGGGUUUUAUGACUUGGUCUUGUUUUUUCCAGUAUCUUCCUUUAUUUUAAUCUUAGACCGCUGUGUUUAAGACCAGAACCACUUUGGACCUUAAACACUCCCUUUUUUAGAUCACGUGACCAGCCACGCCCAUAAUUAUGAAAAAUUUGGACUUUGCAGAUUACACCAGUUUACUGAAUGUGACCACAAUCGUUUUUCCUUCCAUAAUAUUUCAUUUACAGUCAAAUAAGCUAAAUUAAUCGGGGAUUUGUGAAAUGAUCCAUUCCUUCGUAAUUAUUAGAUAUUUUUCUCUCGUCCCAGUCUCCCUCUUAACAAGAAACGUUAUAGUUUACAAAACGUAGAUAAUUUAAGAAAACCCCGGUUAAUUCCAUAAACUUUGUGUCAAUAGUCAUUGACAAAAAGUGAAUUAAAUUACAAGUGUUAUUUAUAAAGUGGUGUAAAUUUGGAUUGAAAUAAAAAGUCAAAAAUGGGUGUGACAAGUCACGUGACACAGAUAAUACAUUAGUAAUAAUGAAAAAUGAAUGCUUAAGGGGAGUAGAUAUUGAAUUUAAAAUAUUAAUGCGAAAGGUAAAAUCCCCACUAAAACAGACCACCCCCCUCCAAAUUUGCAGUGCCCCAUUCCUUAAUUCACCGGAGAACGUUGCAACCAUUCGAUUCAAUGUCCCAACAAUGUUGCAACGCUGUGUUGCGCUGUAACAUCACCUUAAGGGAAUCCAGUUUCUGGAAUCCCGAAAAUGUUUGCUUUUGAUCCAGAAUCCGGGAAAGUUUUGCUUGUGAAAUGCGAAAUUCCUGGGCUUUGGAAUCCGCAAUACAUCCCAAGGAAUCCGGAAUCCGAGUAACGAUUGUAAUCCGGAAUCUAAGUUCCACUGACAAAGACUGAAAUCCAAUGCCUGUAAUCCGGAAUACACGGCGUGGAAUCUAGGUCCAAGACUGUCUUAGAUUCUCUUACACGGGGCGAUAAUUAACUAUUGAAGGCAAUACUUGAUAUUCUUUGUUUUAUUGAUACUCAAGGUUGAUGAGGUGGGUUACCGCGAGACCGUCAUUCAGACAGGCCUGAAAAAGUAUUGGGACCAAAUCAAGGCAAAGCUCGGCAUUGAUUGGACCCAAACAAGUUGGCAAGACUUGGAAAAGCCGCUGUACUCUGGUUUGGCUUCUCGGCUCUUUCUCGCCAGGCUUUCUCCUCCUAUCCCAACUGACCUGCCAUCGCAGGCACAGUACUGGAAGACGCAUUACAACACUGUAGCUGGCAGUGGUACCGUGCAAAAGUUCAUUGAUGACGUCAAACAAGCGCAUGGUUGCGCUGUGUAG